UCUGACAUCUCUUCCUGUGGCCAUUUUACACUUGGCUAACUAAAAAAAAUAAUCAAAAAUAAAACGUAUCACUCACUCGCUACCAACUUGACAUAUUUAGAUAUAUUCGUCCAAGGCUUUACCUGAAAAGAAACAGGCGCCGAGAGGAAGCUGCAAGGUCGACAUGGACUACGAGCGGAGGGGUGGGCGAGGCGAUCGCAUGGGUCGCUAUGGAGGCUCCCACAACGAUCACAACUUCCGGGACAUGGACUACCGUGGUUACGGGCCAGAGGAUGAGGAGGGAGACCACGAUGACGGGUUAUGCAUGCCCGAUGAGCCACCCCUGGGUGUUCACGAGUUCCCAACAGGGUUUCGAGGUUCCCCGCGUUUUCACCGUAGAGGGAACACCAGAGGUGGCAUGGGUCAUGAGGGAAACGGCCCCCAGUGGCCCCCCUUUUCUCAGUCGCGCCCCGAGUGUCCGCCCCUGCUCCUCCAACGAGAGGAAGACGGCUUCCGACAGGACUUUGAGCAGAUACAGACUGGCCUGGGAAGGGGUCGGCGGAGAGGCUUUCCGGAAAACAGAGGUCUUUGCUCUGGCGCUAGGGACGGCAGCUGGGUCGGACGCUCUGAGCAGAUGGAGUUCAGACCAAGAGACGAGGACAGGUGCUCUCGCGGGGGUGGAAGGAGGAGGACCUUUCCAGCAGAAACGGAGGAGGUCGGCUGUGAAAACGCUGGGCAAGACCUGUCUGCGGAGGAGCUGGAUCAGGCAGACCAGGACUACCGCGCAGACAUGGACCAGAACCAGAGGCCCAGCAACAUCAUCAUGCUGCGAAUGCUACCGCCUAGUGCCACGGCCAACGAGAUUCGGGCACAACUUCAGGAGCAGGGCAUCCAAUCAAGAGAAGUGCGCCUCAUGAGGAAUAAAUCUUCAGGUCAGAGUCGAGGAUUCGCCUUCGUCGAGUUUAAUCUCAUACAGGAGGCCACCCGCUGGAUGGAGACCAACCAGGGAACGCUGUUGAUCCUGGGACAGAGGGUGUCGAUGCACUACAGCGACCCCAAACCGCGAGCCAACGAGGACUGGCUCUGUAACAAGUGUGGCGUCCAAAACUUCAAAAGGAGAGAGAAGUGCUUCAAAUGCGGCGUGCCAAAAUCAGAGGGGGAGCUAAAGCUGCCGCAGUUGCCGAGGGAUGUGCCUCUUGGUGUUCAGAAGGAGGGAGCCCAGGGCUUACUGCCUCUGCCGGUAUCCUACCAACCCGCUGGCCCCAGUGCUCCCCCCCGGCCGGCUCCGCAGCCGACAGAUGUCGCAAACGACACGCUGAUUCUCAGAAACCUCGGUCCUCAUACAGCAGUGGAAGCCAUUUUGUCGGCGUUGGCUCCGUUCGCCACCCUCUCCGCUUCCAACGUUCGCCUGAUCAAGGACAAGCACACGCACCUGAACAGAGGCUUUGCUUUUCUGCAGCUUUCUACAAUAGUUGAGGCCUCACAGCUGCUUCAGAUUCUGCAGGCUCUCCAGCCCCCCCUGUCUAUUGACGGGAAAGCCAUCGUAGUGGAGUUCGCCAAAGGUUCCAAACGGGAUGUCUUUGUGACCGAGGGGAGCAGAGUGAGCGCUGCUACGGUGGCCAGCACCGCUAUAGCUGCUGCACAGUGGGCUAUAUCGCAGAACACGAAUGGAUCGGGCGAAGAUGCAGCAGUUUACCAGCAGGGAGCAGCAGUGACUUACAGUCAGGAAGGGCAGAACUAUACGGGGCCAGACGGCUCUGCUUCAAGGGCCCAGACGGACUCCAGGACUGCAGCUCUGUCUGGUGCGGGAGCAGCGCUAAAUGGAGCGUAUACAGGAGGGACCCCAGCCGUUAUUUCGUCUGAGGCAGUAAAAUCUGGUUCGGCAGCCGGGCAGCAGUCUCUCAUGCCAGCAGUCGCCACACCAGCCACUCAGGUUGAGAUUGUAGGAAAACCACAACCUGCUGCUCCUACUCAGCCUGCCACCCCCGGCACUGAACAUGAGCUCAAACAAUAUCCUGUACCAGAUGUCUCUACUUACCAAUAUGAGGAAAGCUCAGGCUUUUAUUACGACCCUUUCACAGGACUCUAUUAUGACCCAAAUUCCCAGUACUACUACAACUCGAACACUCAGCAGUACAUGUACUGGGAUGGAGAGAAGCAAACCUACACCCCUGCUCCCAGCCAAUCAAACGCUGAAGGCGCUCCAGCGAAGGACGGCGCAGCCUCGUCAGACGCUACGGCAACCAAGGAAAAAAGAGAGAAACCGAAGAGUAAAACAGCUCAACAGAUUGCCAAAGAUAUGGAGCGCUGGGCUAAAAGUCUCAACAGGCAAAAAGAAAACAUGCGCUCUGUGUCGUCGUCCCCUACUGUCGGCUCCUCCUCUCGAGGGCUCGGUCGCUUGGAUGACUACCGAGAGUCUGCAAGUGCCGAUGCAGGCUACGCCGUUCUGGAGAAAAAGGGUGCGCUGUCUGAAAGGCCUCCAAGUUUUCUGGACCAGAUCCGACAAAGUACAGAACAGCAUUCGCCUCCUCAGCAGCCCGGUCUGGUCCCGGCUUACAGUGCAGAAUCUGACAGUGAAGAUGAAGCGGCCGAGAAAGAGGAGAAGGAAGGGAGACUGACAGACUGGGUGAAACUGGCGUGUCUGCUCUGUAGAAGGCAGUUCCCUAGCAAAGAGGCUCUCAUCAGGCACCAGCAGCUCUCUGAACUCCAUAAGCAAAACUUGGAGCAAAGAAGAGCUCAGCUGGAAGCUGUUGGCAGAGAGAGACUAGAAGAUGCAGAUGAACCACCAGAAGCUAAGAGGAGGAAGUUUAGUCCAGCUGAUGUUACGGGAACUAGUCUUGGUGCAAGGAUGCUGCAGGGAGGUGUGAAGAAGGGUCUUCUGUUGCGCAAUAUGCAAGCGGAGUGACCACUUAUCAAAUUGUCCUGCCCCAGGACGGGAGCAACUGUUUAAAGUGAACAUCAUAUAGUUAUCUAUAAGAACCGCUUACUUUUGGAUAGAUAUACUUACCUCACCAAUGGGUAAUAAUCUCAUAAACUGGUUCUGUAGCAGUAAAUGUUGAAAUAUUGCACAAAUUGCACCUUUUUGCUUGCUUCCCAAAUAAUGCAGUUUUCAUUUCCCACCGGCUUGGAGGCUUGUUUGUAAUAACAAAGUUUGUUAGGUUGGAGAAAAAACAUUUGCUGCUCAGAAAUUCAAGAUCUGUAGCCCACAGAUCAUUAUGCCAGCAAAUGAGGAUUUCUAAUAUCACUGUCUAUGCACCAUAGAUGUUUUUUUUUUUUUUUUAAGUUUAACUUUGCAUGCCUUGUCAUUCAAUGAAUGACCGAUCUGGGCAUGAGCUGUAUAUAUAUUUGAGCGAGCACUUUUAUACACCCGUUCAGGCGAAGACAUUGUGGCCACCUGAGCUGGAUAAAGUCUCUUACCCUCAUUAGUGUGUAGAUAAGAAGUGUCUCUCUUUAUCUUAUAUGUUUUAAUUUACAAUGGAAUAAUUGUCUUUAGAAAAAGGUAUUUUUGUCAAUGUAUCUGACCAUUAAUGUGACUGCGCUUCAUUAAGCGAAUGUAAAUAAUAAUAAUAAAAAAAAACACUCUUCCGUCUAUA